UACCCGCGGCUCUCGCAUAUGGCUAUCGGUAUCCUCUCAAUCCCGGCUAUGAGCGAUGAACCAGAGCGUGUAUUCUCUGGAGCUCGCCGUAUAAUAUCGUGGGAGAGGGGCCAGCUUAGUCCUGAGACGAUCGAGAUAAUCGAGUGCUUAAAGCAUUGG